AUGCAUCUGGCACUAGAACAACGCAGAGAAGCAGCCAAAGCCAAAGGUGAACAGGGACCAAGGGAUGUAGGCAAAACUUCCUUGAGCAAGAUAUUACUUGCUUAUGCACUGCGCCAAAGCAGACAACCCAUAUUUGUUGACCUUGAUGGUUCUAUUACAAUGCCUGGUACUUUGACUGCGACCCCGAUUAAUCAAAUAAUAGACGUUGAAGAGGGAUUUGGUUCUUCGGCAACAACUUCACCAUCGUUGGGAUCUUCAUUGCUCCCAAUAGUUUAUUAUUAUGGGUAUUCUGAUCCGGGAGAGAAUAUCAAGCUUUAUAAAGUACUAACAACAAAAUUGGCUCAGUCUGUCAAACGCCGUAUAGCUGAAGAUGAGGAUGGAUCAUUGGCACCUUCGUCUGCUUUGCCAAUCGGGAUCGACAGGAAAGUCAGUGAGACUCAAUUAGUAAAGGUGGAGCCUGAUGAUACUAUACGUCAUUCCAUUUUAGCACUUACUGCUGCUAAUAUACGGAUGUAUAAAAGAAAUGAGAGAUUCAAAAAGUCUUAUGAUAUAAUUGGAUUCACCGGAGUUUACGGAUUUUCAACCGUCCUCCUAAGCUCUCCGUAUAUCUGUGCUAUUUGGUUAGGACUUAAAGUUGCUCUCUUUCAACUAGCAUUUCCCAUUGACUCUACUGUUCGCAUCCAAUUCAUUCAGGAUGUCAAGACGCUUAAAGAACACUUUCGUGGCUUAAGUUCUAAAAGUGCCGCUUUGACUACUGACAUUAUUGAUUAUAUUUCUUUAUUAGACUUUGAUUUUUCGGAUCCGGAAUUAAGUUUCAAGUUUACAUACAAGACUGGAAAAUCGUUUACUGUGCAGAUCUUUGUCAAUGUUGUGGCAACUAUCGUAUCUAAACUAUGCGAACAUUUCAAGAUUUCCCUUCCAAAAGAACUCUCUAUGAACUCUUUAAUUAAAUUUGCUCGUUCUGCUGGAGGUUCUUCAGCUGCAAAGCCUACACCAUCGACAGUUCAGACUCCAAUUAUGAUGCUAAAUCGAGAUUUGGCUGAG